AAAAAAACCAAACUCAGCCGUUGGUAUUUCGCUGCCUCAGUGCAGGUUUUCAGGCAGUUGUUAUUGCAAGCGAUUUCGAAGAAAAUUGUAACUGCUCCAGACACUCUUGUCAAAGAUAAUUGGCAUCCGCUCCUGUCCUGCCCCUCCUCCGCCCCCGCCACUGCUGCACUCCAUGGAGCUGCUAGCCAUUGUGGAUUUUAUGUGAUUUCCCUAUUCCCGCACUGAUAUAUUGCGCGUCAACGUUGUGACCUUCGCCGGAGCAUCCCCAGUGACAAGCAGGAAUAAUCAAUGGAGGACCUGACGCCGUUAACCAACCUUCAACAGUUUUAGUUCCAAGAUUAUUAUUUGCCCAACUGCCCGCCAACUGCCUUAUAACAACUGCCAAGUGCAUCGAAAACAGCAAACAACAACCCAACUUGACAUUCCUCCUCUAAUUUGUGAUAUUCUCAGUCGGAUGCUGGCACAUGUUUGUCUGCUGUAUGUCUGGACAGCUUUAUCACAGCUUCUACUAAUCCCUUAAGCCUUUAAUCGGGAGAUUAGCAAUAAAAAUAAUAUAUGUACAUAUAUAAUAAUAAUAGUACUCGUUUUAGGUACCUCAACAAAAAAGUUCCAAAACAACGAUUUGAUUUUAUUUGUCUUCCUAACGCUAAAAGUUUAAAAUUAAGAGUGUCACAAUGGUUCAAUAAUUCACAUUAUAUUUGAUUUAAAACUACAAAUUAUUUGUAUUAUAUAGUAUUCUAAAUUUAACAAUUUCAUUUUCUUAUUAUUAUGUAUUAGUAGUAGUAUUAAUGAUUGUAUAAGAACAAAAGUGAGUUGUAAGCAUUUUCCUUGUUAUUAUUAUUAUUUUAACCAAAAUAAGAGUCGAAAGAAAUUACCCACAGUUUUGUUUGGAAAAGGCAAACACGUGAACAUGAGCUCCUAAAAUAAUAAAAUAAUCUUCGGUUUGGGGUUAAAAAUCGCCAAGAAGGAAGAAUAUUUGCUUAGAUAGGGUCUUUCAAUUCACAAAAUAUCUGACAUUUUUUGUGGUUUUUUUUAUUGUAUCUUAAGUUUAAGUUUACUUUACAUUAUUUAAAUGAAAUAUUAACAUCUCCGACAUAGGUGUUAUAUUAAUCCACUUCCAUUCUGAGCCGUCGGAUGUAAUGAAAAUCGAACCACUCUGAAAUGAGAUAUGAUAUUUGCGAAACGCUGCCCUCGCCUCUGCUGAGUCAACAUUGAGAAUAAUAAUAAUGGGUGGAUAUUUGAUACGACGUCUGGAUACAUAUUAUAUAAUUGUGAUUUAUGGUACAAACAUCGGUGGCUUUCCUGGCAAAAUGCGGCUCUUAUCGCCGACCUACUCGUAUAGCUUGUUUUUGCGACUUGUCAGCUUCGAUUUCGGACUUCAAGCUAUACUCUACUCAGUGACUGGACUCGCAAAUUUGAUAUCGACUUCCGAUGCGAGCGUGUAAUGUGUAAUAAGGUGCCACAUAGAAUCAAUCUAUUCGCUUGAACUUUAAGUCAAGUCCAAGGCUAAGUCCGGACUAUCUGCAUGGUCCGAAAAAUUUUCCACUCCACCCCGGCACGCGUCCGUCGUCCAUUGCUGUGGCCGCCGCACUAUCUGAAUCUCCCUCCUAUUGUUAUUUGAGCGGGGAAAACUGAGUCAGCGGAAAAUUUUCGAGGCGAGAAGCGGGCGUCGCAAGUGGCUGGCGGUUCAGUGCGUUUCGUGCCGCCGGGAAGGGCACAUCACAUCUAGUGCAUCGCUCAAAUUGAUCGAUUGAUUAAACACCACUACACCCACUUGUUCCAGAUUCCCGAGGGUGCGCCCCGCAAGAAGAUGUCGGAACGCCAGCCGUUGUUGCUGCAGAGCGAUGCCUCCGACUACGAAGGCAGCCGGGGAUCGUCUGCGCGACCCAUACGCAACUCUCCGCCAGACAAUACGCUUGUGAAUGUCCACAGCGAGGACAGCCUAGCAGUGCACGCAGCAGCCUCGGGAUCGGGAGACGACGAACAUGGAUCUGCAGCGGACAAGGCCAGCUAUAACCCCACCCUCCAUCGCACUCUGGAGCACCCAACGUCAAACUUUGACACACUGAUCCAUCUGCUGAAGGGCAACAUUGGCACUGGCAUCCUGGCCAUGCCGGAUGCCUUCAAGAACGCCGGCCUGUAUGUGGGUCUGUUUGGCACCAUGAUCAUGGGCGCUAUUUGCACUCAUUGCAUGCACAUGUUGGUGAAUUGCUCCCACGAGCUGUGCCGGCGGCUCCAGCAGCCAGCACUGGACUUUUCCGAGGUGGCGUAUUGCAGCUUUGAGACAGGACCGCUGGGCCUGAGGCGAUACUCGCAGCUGGCUAGACGGAUCGUGACCACGUUCCUGUUCAUCACUCAGAUUGGCUUUUGCUGCGUUUACUUCCUGUUCGUGGCCCUCAACAUCAAGGACGUGAUGGAUCACUACUACAAGAUCAAUGUGCACAUCUACCUACUGCUGAUGCUGGUGCCCAUGAUUCUACUGAAUCUGGUGCGGAACCUAAAGUACCUGACGCCCGUCUCCCUCAUCGCCGCCAUACUCACUGUAGCCGGGCUAGCCAUUAGCUUCUCGUACAUGCUGCACGAUCUGCCGGAUGUGCAUACGGUCAAGCCGAUCGCCACCUGGGCCACGCUACCCCUAUACUUUGGCACUGCCAUCUAUGCGUUUGAGGGCAUUGGCGUGGUCCUGCCUCUGGAGAACAAUAUGCGAACACCCGAGGACUUUGGCGGCACCACGGGCGUUCUAAACACGGGCAUGGUGAUUGUGGCCUGUCUGUACACUUCGGUCGGAUUCUUUGGCUACCUGAAGUACGGCGAGGAUGUGAAGGGUAGUAUAACCCUGAAUCUGCCGCAGGGCGACACUCUUUCCCAGUUGGUGCGCAUCACCAUGGCCGUGGCCAUCUUCCUCUCCUAUACCCUGCAGUUCUAUGUGCCCGUAAAUAUUGUAGAGCCAUUUGUGCGCAGCCACUUUGAUACCACGCGGGCCAAGGAUCUGUCAGCGACUGUGCUGAGAAUCGUUCUAGUCACCUUCACUUUUCUGCUGGCCACUUGCAUUCCGAAUUUGGGCUCCAUUAUCUCCCUUGUGGGUGCCGUCAGUAGCUCAGCGUUGGCUCUCAUAGCGCCGCCCAUAAUCGAAAUGAUUACGUUUUAUAAUGUCGGAUAUGGCCGCUACAAUUGGAUGCUGUGGAAGGACUUUCUCAUCCUGAUAUUCGGACUUGGUGGCUUUGUCUUUGGCACCUGGGCCAGCUUGGCGCAGAUCCUAAACGACCGGACACACUGAGUUUGACCAGGACCGAGAUAGAGUUUCUGUGCGAAUUUAUGUCGAAGGCUUUAUGUAGUUUAUACCCUAAGUUAUUCUUCCUGUUUCGAGGAAAGUGUACCUUUCGGUGCUCCAUUUGUGUUUUAAUUUAUUUUUUUUGCGAUGAUAGUUGUAUCUUGUUAUCCAUUAGCUCCAAUUUUGUACCAGAGACAAUAACUAGCAAUAUAAGUAGACAGUUUUGCAAUACUCUUCAGUUCAGUUCAGUACAACAGUAGCUUAUGAAUUUACCUGCGUUAACUCGAGAUCCGCACAAUGCCAAGUGAUUUUCGCGUAGUAUUCUUAAAUAAUUUGUUGUUUAGAUUUUACUAUGUAUGUUAGUCUAGGUCGGUGCAGCGCGAUCAUUCCAAAGCAACGCCCAAAAAGAAUUUACCCAGCAAACCGAAGUUUUAUCGUUCGUAUUUUCUAAUUAUAUAUAUAUAUAGUUAUACAUGCAUAUACUACUCAGCAUACCGUAUUGGGUCUCCGAAAUCUCGACCUCCGAUUACAUCCAUUAGGUGUAUCAGCAAAUGUUCUUUAAUGGUUUAACGAGUAACAAAAGACAAUAAUAAAACUUAAUGUUUAUAAAAA